AUGUUGCAGACCCUUAUGAUUGCAAUGCUCAUGCUCCUAAGCAACAUGAACACCCCGUCAGCGCAGGGCGCACUGCAGCUGCUGGACACUUUCGAGUCCGGUGCUUGCAGCUUAAGAAUUCCUCCCCGCUCACGUUGGUUCUUGUGUGGCGUCGCAGAGAGACAGGAGAGGCUCAAGAAGGCAGCGUCGCCAUCCCGCUGGCCGUCCAGUGGCACAUGCGCAGUCUGGGGCCGGGGUCACUACCGAACUUUCGAUGGAUCGCUGUUCAGCUUCCGAAGCCGCUGCCGGCACCUGUUGGCCCACGAGUGUCGCGGCGACACAUUCAGUGUGCACGUGGGUGACAGCCACUGCUCGAAUGACAGUGCGAGAUUCUUCUGCCGACGUAGCCUGGACAUCUACGUCGAAGGGCAGCGCUUCGGUUUCGAACUGGACCCUCCUCGAGUGACGCUGGGCAAUGUCUCCGCGCCGAUCCCCACAACGCUGGAAGGGCUGCGUGUCGACUACGUCGCCCGAAGGAUCGUGAUUAGCAGCCAGCUUGGAUUCACUGUCACAUGGAACGGCGAAGACUUGGUCGAGGUUUCCGUGGACGCGUCCCUCAAGGGAAGCAUGUGCGGUCUUUGCGGACAGUACGACGAUGACCCGACGAAUGACUUCGUCAACAGCCACGGUCGACAAGUCACCUCUAGGUCUGCAUUCCUGGACAGCUGGAAGAGAAACGACCUUGAAGAGGACUGUGAAGACAUUUUCUUCGAUCCAUCCAAGCAGCGCCCCAGUGAAGAACUGGUUCUCGAAGCGAGGCGGCUCUGUUCCAGGGUCACAGAUAAGAGAUUCGCGGCCUGUCACAAGGUGGUGGAUCCGAAACCUUAUGGCGACAUGUGCCUCGAAGAUUACGUCUCGUGCUUGGGUGAUCGUUCUGCCGACUGCCGCUGCAGCGCUCUGGCCGAGUACUUCCGAGAGUGCGAGCGUCUCGGAGGCAAGCUUGAGUCCGUCUGGAGGAGACACGACUUCUGCCCUGCUCGCUGUCCUGCUGGCAUGGUGUACACUCAGUGCGGGGCAUCGUGCACGCGUACGUGCCGCGACCCCGACGCCUCGUGCGAGUCCCGGCCCUGCGUGGACGGCUGCCACUGCCCCGCCGGGACGCUGCUGCACGACGGACGCUGCGUGCGCCGGGAACAGUGCCCGUGCUCCCUACACGCCAGGGAGUACAAGCCCGGCUCGCUCGUCAAGCAGGAGUGCAACAGCUGUGAGUGCAGCAAGGGAAAGUGGCGGUGCACCACAAAGGACUGUCCAUCGCGGUGCGUGGCCAAUGGGGAUCCCUUCUUCUCGACCUUCGACGGCAAGACAUUCGAGUUCAAAGGCCGAUGCCCGUACUAUUUAGUGCGAUCGCAGAACUUCAGCAUCGUCCAAGAGACGGGCCACUGCCACGAAGUAGAGGUGUCGUCCGGAAAGGGUUCCAGCGAUAAUGCACUGGACUGCUCUAAGAUGACCACCGUGACCAUGACAGACAGCACCAUCGUGAUAGCCCACGAAAAGGUAUUCGUAAAUGGAGAGAAGGUGAAACUUCCAUUUUCUAGCGACAUCGUGGUCGUCUACAGGCCUUCCUCUGAAGUAACGCAGGCCUCCUUCUCCAACGGCAUCGUGCUGCAAUGGAACAGGAGGGGGCGCCUGCACAUCGACAGCCCCGCCAGCUUGAGCGGCCAACUGCAGGGACUGUGCGGCACCAACAACCGGAACCAGAAGGACGACUUCCUCACGCCAGCUGGCGACGUGGAAGGAAACGUGCGCACGUUCGUCGACAAGUGGAAGGUGGACGCUUCGUGCGACGAAGAAGACGGCGUCGAGGAGCACCCCUGCGAGCGGUCGCCGCAGAGGGCGUCGCGGGCCAAGGACCUCUGCAAGGAGAUCCACGGGGACGCGUUUAAAGAGUGUCAGCUGCUGGUGGACCCGGAGCCGUACUACAAGGCGUGCCUGCACCAGACGUGCGCAUGCCGUGGGUCGUUGAAGGACUGCGUUUGUCCAUCGCUGGCCGAGUACGCAGCCGAGUGUGCCCGGAAGGGCCGUCUCACGCAAUGGCGCCGUCACGUCUCCCUUUGCAGCAUGAGGUGUCCCAGUGACAUGAAAUGGAGCGAGUGCGCACGGCAGAAAAGCUGUUUCGAAGUGGCUCUGGGCGAAACGGCAAACUCGACGUGCGUGGAAGGCUGCGUAUGCAAGGACGGCUACGAAAAGGACCAGCUCUGCCUGACGGCUGACUACUGCUCGUGCCUUCACAAGCAUAAGCUCUACGCUCCGGGAACGAUGCACAAGAUGAACGGCCAGCUAUGUGAGUGCGACAAUGGUGAGUGGGACUGCAUGGACGAGGAGGGGGGCCACUCGCCCGACUUGCCGCCCCCGAGCAUCUUCGAAGAAAGGAGCUCGUCGCAGCGGUGCGCCCACGACGCGAACUCCGAGUACACGGAGUGCCUGGAUGCCUGUCCCUUGACUUGCGACAACGUCAACGCAGAUGCUUCGUGCGGCAACAACGAGUGUCAACCCGGCUGUCGAUGCAAACUUGGCUUCAUACUGCAGCCGUCAACCAAUAGCUGCGUUCCUCAAAGUGAAUGCGGCUGUAAGCAUGGCGGCAAGGUCUUCCCACCGAGCUCGGAGAUUCAAAGGGACUGCAACAAGUGUACGUGCAGCGGAGGCCUAUGGGAGUGUGACAAGAAAGACUGCCCCGGAGUGUGUACCGCCUGGGGCGAGUCGCACUUCAACUCGUUCGACGGGCACAUCUACGACUUUCGAUCCGACUGCGAGCUGAUGAUGGCCAAAGGGAGACUGUCCGACGGCAGCCAGUUCGAGGUCACCCUUCAGAGCAUGCCCUGCGCUGCGGGAGACAAUGUCUGCAAGAGGACGGCCAGGAUCGUUGCCCGUGGCCAGGAACUGAUUACGUUGGGUGCCUCGAAGAAUCUGCCGGUCGUGAGGUUCGGCCCGGGCUACUUGCUACGGGAGACUACUUUGCACAUGACGGUGUUCACUGACGUCGGUCUCAUCGUGCAAUGGGACAAAGGAACUACGGUGUCCUUGGCCGUGCAACCUACUUGGAGGGGAAGGGUGAAAGGGCUGUGCGGCAACUUCGACGGCGACCAAACCAACGACUUCCAGACGCCCUCCGGCGGCGUGGCGGAAGGUGACGUCCGCGUCUUCGGGGACGCCUGGAAGCUGCAGGAGGCGUGCCGAAACAACGGCUCCUUGGUUACCGACGGCCACGAGGUGUGCGAGCACAGGCCGCACCGCACUGCUUGGGCCACGCAGCGCUGCGAGGUGCUCAGGUCUCCCCUGUUCGAGCCUUGCCACACGGAAGUGGACGUCGAUCCUUACUUCGAGAGGUGUGUGCAAGAUGUGUGCGGCUGUGAUUCGGGCGGCGACUGCGAGUGCCUGUGCACCAACAUCGCGGCCUACGCCCACGAAUGCAGCGCCCAGGGCAUCCACAUCAAGUGGCGGUCGCAGUCGCUUUGCCCCAUCCAGUGUGACGCCGAGUGUUCCGAGUACGUCGCGUGCAUAUCCGGGUGCCCGCCUCGGACCUGCGAAACACUGGGAUCACCUCUCGCGGGGGAGAAGACGGUGUGCGACAACAGCACGGCGCCCUGCAUCGAAGGCUGCAGGCCUAAACCAUGCCCCGAGGGCUUCGUUUACGACAACGAGCAUGACAUGAACUGCGUGCCCGAGGCGCAGUGCAGGGUGCCUUGCAAGGAGAUCAACGGCCGCGUCUACCUCGAAGGAGAGCGCAUCGAGGACGCCAGGAUUGCGGAGCCGUGCGAGUCCUGCUUCUGUCGGCGUGGUAGCAUCGUGUGCACUGGCCACCCGUGCCCCAAUACGGAACCUCCCGUAGAGGUCAGUUGCACCGCUAGCGGCUGGACGCCUUGGCUGAAUCCAGCUGCCCGAGCAUCAGGAGACUUCGCCCUGCUGGCGGAUCCCCGGUUCGCUUCUCUGUACGGCCCGUACUGCGGUGCCGCGCACGUCGUGGGCAUCGAGUGCCGCGUAUCGGCCACCGGACAAGACCUGCUGGGCGCCGGACAGAUGGCCAGCUGCGAACUUCCGCGCGGCCUGUCCUGCUACCACAGAUACCAGGCGGGAGGCGCCUGCCUCGACUACGAAGUGCGACUGCUCUGCGACUGCGAAUACACAGUCACGUCUCCAUCCGUUACGGAGGGUGAGCCGUCAACUAACCAGCAAACGACAUAUUUUGUCACAGACUCUUCGACCGUGACCCCUAAUCCGACCGCAGUGAAAACCGAAACUACGUCACAGGAGGAAUGCUCGGAAUGCGCGGGUGAAGACACCACGAGCGCGGCUACUACUUCGGUGGCUGGAGCCAUCACCUCAACUACGCCUGCGCCGACUCCUUCAACCGAGACCGAACAACCAACCGAUCACGUACGCGACGCUACGCCUACUCCUGGAGUCAACACCAUAACCCCAGACGUCGGCAAGGCCGGGCCUCCGGCGCCAGGCUGCGUUUCCCAUUGGACGGAGUUUUACAACAUUGACAGCCCUGACGUCGACGACGGCGACGUGGAGUCGCUGGAAGACAUCAAGGAGCUCUUCGCGGUCUGUGAAGGGCUCACCAUUGAAGACGUGGACUGCAUGGCCAACAUAGGGGACAACAUGACCGACUACCGCAACACGGGAGACGUGGGAGUCAAGUGCUCCAAGGGCACAGGCCUGGUGUGCCUCAACUGGCUACAGCCCCGCGGAAGGAAGUGCCACGAUUACGCCAUCAGGUUCUUCUGCAAAUGCGAUGUAGAAUACGAAGGGACGACAGGCACACACGAGUUCACCGUCACUACUUCGUUGACUACGGAACGCCAGCCACAGACAUGGGAGCCCACGACUGCCUUUGUUACAGAUCACCCAAAAGUCCCCAUCACUCAGCCGCCUGUCACUGAAGGCAGCCGAUUGACGGAAGCGACGGGUACGCGUUCCUAUGGAGGUCACACGGAUGCUUUUGCCAUUUCGCCGUUUACAUCUGAAGGAAGGCUAUCGACAGAAACGACGUACUCUACCGCAGAGCCCCGCUUGCAUGUUGUGACUGAAGGAAUCCCUCCUAUCUCGGGCUCGACGUGCUAUCCUGGCUGGUCCGCUUACAUCGAUACCGACAACCCAAACACGGAAGACGGGGAUUUCGAGUUUGUAAGCUCGCUGGAAGAAAGGGCUUGCCGAGUUGACGAGAUGAAGGCAAUCGAGUGCAAGGCCGUCCGAAACGACACCGGAGAACUGAUCGACUGGCUCGAGACCGGCGACAAGGGCGUCACGUGUCUCAAGGAGAAAGGCCUGCUGUGCUUUAACAACGACCAAGACGAAGGAAGGCAGUGCCACAACUACAAGAUACGCGUUUUCUGCGUGUGCACUCCAGGCGAUGUCCCGCCAGUCUUCACGUUGGUUCCAACCACGGCUGGUCUUCCGACAACUACCGAGGAGGCGCUGCCGAUGGACGAAGGUUGGUGUGGCUGGACAGAGUGGAUGGACACCGAUGACCCUCAUACUUCGCCCGAAGACAUGGGAGACUUCGAGAUCCUGGAGGAACUCGGGAAUCGGUACAACUCAUGCGCACCUGGUCACGUGGAUAAAAUCGAGUGCCGCGUCAAGUCCACUGGCCAAGACUGGACGCAGAGCGGCCAGAGUUCUUUGUCGUGUGACACGAAAAUGGGCUUCCGCUGCUACAACAAGUUCCAGCUCGGCGUUUGCGAAGACUACGAGGUGCGCCUGUUCUGCUCGUGUCCAGGACCAGUUGUGCCAGAAGACAAGGGGAAGAAAACUACUUACGCCCCAUCGACCCCAGUGACAGAUCAAAGAGACUCUGUGGCCACGGAAACGACGACCAAGAAGACAUGGUUUAGUACACUUAGGACCACAAUCUUUGGUGGAGGCACCGAAACACCCACCACAGAAGUGACAAGUACAGUGGAACCUGAAAAGACCUCGACAACAGUGGAACCGGAAACAACACCUCUGUCUUCGGAGGUCACUUCCCCUGCACGAACAGAGGAAUCGCUGUCAACGACAGAAGAGCCACGCGGAGAACCUAGUUUAUCGACUAUCUGGGAACAGUCGACUGCGGGACCAACUACAGUUCCUGCAGCCGUCGAAACACAUACUCUAAGCACUGAUGCAACCACUACCUUCCGUACUACUCCAACAAUCCCUACCACCGGAAUCUGUCCCAAAGGUCGCACGUACAGCGACUGCGCCUACCGCUGCAACCAGACGUGCAACCUGUUUCUUCGAGCCCUGGUGAGCGAUCGGAAGUGCCUGGGAGACGACUGGUGCGUGCCCGGAUGCCGGCCCACGUCGGGCUGCGAGGCGCCUCGCAUCUGGCUAGACUACGACACCUGCAUCGAGGAGGAAGAGUGCAGCUGCUCCUUCGAGGGGCAAGUGCUCGGGGCCAACCAAGUGGUGGAUCGAGACUGCGAGCGUUGCAUCUGCCAAGACAAUCAAAUUGUGUGCGCCACUGAACCGGACUGCCGGCCACUGCCUACGGGUCUGCCACAGGUUUCCGUGCCCACCACAGGAAUACCAGCGAUCGUCACAGAGGAGGUACACGGGGGAAGUACCUGCGUUCCCGGUUGGUCCAUGUGGUUCAACACUCGGAAGCCGGACGAGCAUGGAGACGUGGAGUCGGUGGACGCCAUCAGGGCGAGAGGCUUGCCGCUGUGCGACGAGCGCUUCCGUACCGAGGUGCAGUGCGAGCCGCUCGACAGGAACGUGGUGUUCGAGGAGACGUAUCGCGUUCGCUGCGACAUCCAGAACGGACUGGCUUGCAGGAACGACCCGCAGAACAACGACACCGAGUGUCCCGAUUACAUGGUUCGGUUUUACUGCGACUGCUUCAAGGGCUGGGAGAACACGCCCGUAAUCGUAAGACUACCGACCGUCCCGACUACUCCGACGGUCACGACUACCCCGACAACACCGGCCGUUACUCCGACUACUCCGGCUGCCUCGGAUACCCAGACUACCCCAGCUGUUGGGACUGUUCGGACUUCCCUGCCGAUUUCCACGAUACCCACAGCCCCGCCGGUGGUGCCAGGUGAAGGCUUCACCACCCCUACCGACAUCAUAUACGACCAGACUACUGUGCAGUAUGGCAAAGACAAGUGCUCCAGCUAUGUGUACCUGGUUAACGGUCCGUUCCCGCUGCCGGACAGCAGUUACAAGGCUUCGAGCAGCGCCAGUAUGAUCUCCUCGCCAAGACAUUCGCGCCUCGGAUCAAGAACCUCGUCCAGCUCGUUCGGUGCCUGGAUGCCGCGCUAUCCGCGGAGUGGCGAAUACAUCGAGGUGGACCUCGGUCGACUUCGAAGUGUGUUCGGCAUCGCCUUGCAAGGACGCGAGCGCACUCGUCAGUGGGUUACGCGCUACCGAGUGCUGGUCAGUGCCGACGGCACGCAGUACGCGUACGUGCAGAACUCGGAAGGCAAAAUUCAGGAUUUCGUGGGCAACCACGACUCCAACGGGGUGUCCAGGCAGCUGUUCGACCAACCGGUGAGAGCACGCUUCGCGCGCAUCGAGCCGACCGCGUGGAACGAACUGAUCGCUCUUCGCUUCGACGUUCUCGGCUGCACCGAAGGAAGUUUGGAUUUCAUCCCACCGAGGACAACGCCGUUCGUGCCCACUACGAAUGCUCCAGAGACAGCAACGGUGUUCAUCCGGAUGUGUCCCGAACUUCCGGAAACCCUGCGACCUUUUUGUCCAAUCUGCCCGGACGGAAUGCUAUGCGACGGGGCCAACUGCGUGUCUGCAUCCCGCUGUGCGUGCUUCCAAGAGGGACAGCUGUUUCAUGUAAACAAGGCAAUUGUGACGUCAAAAUGCGAUAUUUGCAUGUGCACACUGAGUGGCAUCUCCAAAUGCAGGAAGAUGCAGUGCACGUGCCCAAAGACACAACGCGCCUACUUCGACGACAAGUGUCAGUGCAAGUGCGCUCACUGCCCGUUCGGCCAACGCGUGUGCCCGACAACGAACGAGUGCAUCGACGAGUUCAAGUGGUGCAACGGUGUCAAGGACUGCCCGGACGACGAACAAGGCUGCGAUGAAAUCGAACAGCCGCCCGCCAUAUCUCCCUGUACGGAACCGACGAAGCCAGUUUGCCCCGACGGACAAGAGCCGAAGCUCAUCUCCGACAUGCGAUGUCCGGAAUACAAGUGCGUGCCCACAAAUGGUGAUGGCGACGUGUGCAGACUUCUUUCCAACGCUGCUGUGUGCACAAUAGAAGGUCGCUCAGUGAAGACGUUCGACGGUCAGCGUUUCAUGCACGACGUCUGCGACCACAUCUUGUUCCAAGACAGAGUGAACAAGCAGUUUUCCGUCACCGCCCACCGUCGCUGCUCAAGGAGUGGCUCCACUGACGUGUGUGAGGCGUGGGUGUCGAUCAUGUGCAACGGCACCUUCGUCAAGCUGGGACCCUCGCUGUCCGAAGUGAGCGUCAACGGGAAGCCCGUGUCGGUGCGAAACCUGGGCGCCGUCAGCAAGAGGCUCGGAGACGUGCACCUGGCCCGCAGCGGACAGCGGCUCGUCUUCACGUCGGUGCGCCACAACUUCGAAGUCGCCUUCGACGAGCGCCGCACCGUCAAGGUCUCGGUUUCGGACUGCCUGUCGUCCAAGACGAGUGGCCUGUGUGGCCUGUUCGACUGGGACGCCAGCAACGAGUUCCGGACGCCCGACGGCAGGCUUGCGGACAACGCCCAGGACUUCGCCAAAAGCUGGGCGACCUCUGGUGCGGCGGCUCUCAGCUGCAAGCAGCCUACGUGUCCCAAGGAAACCCGUGAGAAGGCCGAGAGGUGGUGCCAGAGAAUCGCGGCGCCGCCACUGUCCCGCUGCACCGAAGACAAGAACCUGCUGAAGUCAUCGGUGAGCACGUGUGCAGACCAGGUGUGCGACUGCGUGGCUUCCGGCGAUGAUGACGUCAAGAAGUGCAUGUGCAACGCCAUCGAGGGAUUCGUGUCAACGUGCAAAGCUGCUGUGCGAAGCCAAAUUGCGUCAGAGUGGAGAUUGUCUCUUGGAUGCGCGCCCGAAUGUCCAGCCGGCAUGGAGUGGCGCGAGUGCGGUCCUUCGAGUGAGUGCGAGCCCACGUGCGACAACGUGCACCGGAGCAAGAAUACCGCCGAGGAAUGCCCCGAAGAGUGCGUGGCCGGAUGCUUCUGUCCGCUGGGAUUGGUGCGCCGAGGGGAUGCCUGCGUGCCGCCCGGCAUGUGUCACGACUGCGUGUGCCGAGGUCACGGCGACCCCAACUACAUCAGCUUCGACGGCCGCACGUUUGACUUCCAGGGCAACUGCAGCUACGUCCUGGCGCAGCACAUCUCGGGCGACAAGUCGCUCGACUUCCAAGUCGUGGGCGUCAAUGUCGAGUGCCCCGAGGAGCCCCGCACGACUUGCACGCAAGGCGUCAUUAUCAGCUAUGGCGACAACCACGUUAGGGUCUCCAGAGGGCAGAGGGUUCAGUUUGACGACAGGGAACUUCAAGACAAGGAGUUCCCGUGGAGCCAGCGAGGAUUCAACAUUUCCUGGGUGCCGGGUCGCACGACGGUCGUGUACGUGCCCGCGAUCAAUCUCGUGGUGCGUUACUUCGAACUCAACUACGGCUUCAGCAUCGAAGUGCCCUCGUUCACGUACUCCGGCAAGAUGACGGGCCUUUGUGGCGACUGUGACUUGGACGAGAGCAACGACCUCCAGCACCGCAGUGGCUACCAGGUGGCCGAGGUGCGCGACUUCGCCUACAGCUGGCUGGUCGAGGGCAGUCCCGAGAUCUGCACGGUGCUGCGCUCGUCGAGCCAGCGGCUGGUGCCUCCGGAGGUGUGCCGCUUCCAGGAGAACGCGUGCGAGCUGUACGUCGAGCCGGACGCGUACCAGAAGGCCUGCCUAAGUGACGCCAGCUACUCUCGCAACCUGAGCGCCUCGGUGUGCCGCUCCAAGCUGCAGUACGCCGAGCACUGCUGCGCCACUGCUGGGGUGUCUGUGCACCGGUGGCUGCAGGACUCCGGAUGCGAUUUCAGCUGCCCAAAAAACAUGGAACUGCGCUGCGAUACCGGCUGCCCCAAGACGUGCGCCAACUACAAGGAGCCGGAUAGCGCGUGUCCCGUGAUGCCGACCUACUCGUGCUUCUGCAAGCGUGGCUUCGUCCUCAAGAACGGCGAAUGCGUCGACGCCAGGCACUGCGAGUCCUGUGACGACCAGGGACACCUGGUGGGCGAAUCGUGGCAAGUGAGCCCCUGUGAGACUUGCGGCUGCGGCGAGAAUCUGAAGAUCCGCUGCACCAGCAUCAUCUGCCCGCCGCCGCCAGUCUGCAGAGACGACGAGAAGCUGCAGCAGCUGCCCAAACAGAACGGGACCUGCUGCGAGACCUACCUCUGCGAUGCCAACUUGAUAUCCUCCUGCAAGGCACCCGAACCAGUAGUAUGCCUACCAGGUGCCAUAACCAAGAUCAAGACAGACAGCUCCGGAUGUCCGACGCAUGUUUGCGAAUGCGACCAGACGAGGUGUCCGCCACUGCAGUGGCCCGUGGGCCUUGAACCAGGAUUGGAGGCAUUCAUAGAGGAUAAGGGGUGCUGCAAGAAGGUGUCUGUGCGGUGCAACGUAAACAAUUGCCCCGGAAUACCCACUUGUCCGCCCGAGACUGAGCUGGAGAACGCGCCCGGAGAAUGCUGCACCAUCUACAAGUGUGUUCCCAAGAACAAAUGCGCCUACAUCCACAAGUACAAGGUUGUGAACGGCAUGCAGGUUCAGCUGCAUCCCGAGCAGCGCUACCAAAAGAUGUAUCCGGUGGACUCGAGCUGGACAGACGGCCUAUGCACCAACUGCACGUGCACUGAGCAUUUCAACCAGUACCAGUACAGCUGCAAAGUUGAAGUGUGCCCAAGCCAUCAGAAGGACAGUGAGGACUACGAGUACUCGGCGUCUUCGCGCAACUUCGGGGUGUGCUGCCCGGAACAGCAACGCACCGCGUGCCGGGGCGGUGGCCAGACGCGUUCGAUCGGCGAAGAAUGGAAGCUGCCCGAGGAAGGCAAGUGCCGCUCGUACCGCUGCGAAAGGUCGUCCACCACGGGCGAAGCCGUCAAAGUGGUGCUCGCACACAUCUGCAACAGCACCUGUCGAACGAGUGAAAAAUAUGUAGAACCCACUCCAGGCUCUGGAGAUUGCUGUGGUCGCUGCGUACGCGAGUACUGCGAAGAAGGAGGAAAGCUGUACCAGGUCGGCGAGACGUGGGUGUCCAACGUCAGGCCGUGUUUCGAGGUCAAAUGCGUGCGUGGUGACAACGGUGCCGUGGAAAUGAAGUACACGCUGAAUAAGUGUCCUAAACUACCAUCAAAUUGCCCAAGGAACAGCAUCGUGCGCGAUGAGACCGGAUGCUGCCAGAUAUGCAAGGUUACACCAGGCGCCUGUGCACCUUAUAAACUACCCGAACAGCAGACGGCGCAGUACUUCUUCUUGAAUGAUCCCGAGCAUGGGCUAUGCUCGAACGCGGAGACCAUACCAGGCCUCGCCGAAUGCCGUGGACAGUGCACUUCAAGUACUGUUUAUAGUCCGGAGACAAGCAACUUCACGACGAGAUGCAGCUGUUGCACGAUCAUGAAAUCCGAGCCGAAGAAAGUGACGCUGACGUGCGAGAAGGGCCAGAAAACGCACCGCAUCCAGAAGGACUACCAGAACCCGAUCGCGUGCAAGUGCACCCCGUGCGGCAAAGCGGAGGCUUCUACGGGAGUGAUCAAUGUGCCCAUACCACUCUGAUGCGGUCAGCCCAUCAGGAAGUGUGCCUCGAGCAGCGUGGGAACCUAGCACGUGUCUAAAUUGCCGUCGACACAUUGACACUGCCCUUGCGGUGCGAAGGCAAGGGCUGAAGCUCAGUGACUGCAUAGAGAUCAUCUAAACAUUGUUCUUUAAUUGUCACGUCAAUAAAGUUUAAGUUUUUUUUACACGAAAGUGUUUUAUGCCGGA